AUUCUGGAAGCAUGCAUGUCAUUCCCAGUUGCAAAGGAGCAAGUUAAUGAACUGCUUGUUUCUGUCGCUAGAUUUAUCAAUUCUUGUUCUGCAGAGCAAAUCUAUUUGGCGCCCAAUAAAUUCAUUUCUGUUUGUAAAAGGUUUAAGGAUCAAGUUAUCUUACUGGAAACUCCAAUUCGUGGUGUGGCUCCAAUGCUGACUGCUAUUCGUAAACUGCAAUCCUCCUCUGAGCAAUUAACAACAUUGCAUGCCGAUUUUCUUCUUCUUUGUCUAUUGGCAAAGUGCUAUAAAACUGGCUUCUCUGUGCUGGAGGAUGACAUAUAUGAGAUUGAUCAGCCACGGGACUUUUUUCUCUAUUGUUACUACGGGUCAGUUGUUUCGGACUUUCAGCUUUGAAGUUAUUUCAGUUGUGGUGGUUUCGUGCCCUUGCUAACAUUUCUCUUAGUGAUCCCUUUUUAAAAAAAUUGGAAUAUUUUUUGUGGACAUAGGAUAGUUCAAGACAUAUUUAAUUCAUUAAGUCACGCUUUCCUAUCAGUGUGUUUUAUAAUAACAAGAAAUAGGAGAAACUUUGCUCUCCAAUGAAUAUAGUAUUUGCUUUUAUAGUUAUCUGGCAAAAGAAUUAAUUUUGUUCAAAAGCGUAUGGUAUUGGUAUAUUACAUUUAUCUACAUCUGCCUUUUACUUUUGAUAUUGUUUACUUCUCCAAGCUA